AGAAAAUAGUAUAAUCAUGCCACAUGUAACAACCUAACUCGAAGUAGGGACAAUCUAAUGAGACGAUGAAACUCAAAAGCGCCUCCUCUACAUUCGGUCAUAAACGGGAAUAAUCAACAACCAUCCUUAUUACAUGCAUUGAUCAUAUGUGUCUGCUUGAAUUCUCCUCGUAAAGCAAUAUGACUUGAAGUAGAAACUGGGUAAUCAUUUCGAGCACUACCAUGUAAUGACCUACGAUAAUGACUACGUUCUUUAUACACAGUAUACUUGGGCUUUCCUUCAAAAACUGUACUUUAGAAACGAAACCCAAUGGUAGUCGAACGAGAAAAUUAUGCAGCGCUUCAUAUGACAACGAACUUCGUUCGGAAAUGUAAUGCAUACUUAAUGUAGAUGGAAUAUAUCGUUAUUUCGAAUAAGAAAUAGUUAGCGAACAAAAGAACGAAAACGGUAUUCGGUAAAGUGGAAACGAACCGCGGAUAAUCCUAGGGAUUGUUUAGCCACCUGACUGGUGGAGGUGGUUUCGCUUUCUUAACUACACAAACAACGAGAAUCAAUUUGGAACCGUUUUCAGUCCGCUAGAUCACUGAGGAAACAUAUAUAUGCGUGGAGAAACCCAGAAUGACUGAAGACGGAUUGACAAAGCUGAACCUGGAGGCAUUUUUAGGAAUGUCUGGGAACACCCAGGAGCUGUUGGAUUCACUCGGUCUCUCAGCCAUUCCGGACUUAUCCAACUUAGGAUCUUUAAGUAAUAAUAACAAUUCUGCCUUAUCCUUUGAUCCAAAUGAUCCGUCUGCAGCUGCAUUUUACAUAGCUCAACAGGUAGCUGCCAUUGAGCAUCCUCCUCCUCCGAGGAAGAUGACUUCCUCUGAGAAAACGCGCUCUGAAAAUCGGGAACGGAAGAAGCGUUGGAGGGAACAAAAUGAGGAGCGUAAUAAAGACAACGAUUUGCGUUGUCGUGUGAACAAAAAGGCCAAAAAACUUUUUGGUAGCGAACCGAGUAUCGAGAAAACGAACUGGAUUGAGGCUGAAUUCAAUCGUCGCCAUUCAAAACGUAAAGAAAAGGAGCGUACCUCUGCUCAAAACAAUACGAGCAAUGGCGUAUCCCGUUCGAAUUCUCAAGGACUUUUGCCCGAUUUAGAUUUGUUGGCUACAAACUCUUCUGCUAACGCUGUUCUUCAAGGAUCGGCUAUCAAUAACGCUCUCAGUGCUCUGGCCAAAGAUCCCAACCUUAUCCAUAAUCUCUUGACCCAAAUGGAUUUUGAUCCAAACAAAAAAACCGAUUUGAAUCUUGGUGCCUUAAACGACGUAGUCCCUAACCCUCAAAUUCCUCAACCAGAACAUGAGUUAUCUGCUCUUCAAGAACACAAUGAAGCCCAUGAUGCCGCUAUGCGACAAUUCGAACUUGAACGCCAGCAAAGUGCCAUUUUACCUGGCUUAAAUGCCAUUGAUGGUUUACAAAACUUGCCUCAUCUUGAUUUUACAGAUCCCGCCGUUACUAGUGCUCAAGGUCAAGCACAAGCACCUUUGCAUCCUUUAAUCUCCCAAACCGACAAUCAUUCCAUUUUUUCUGCUCUUUCCGAUAAUUCUACUCCUGCCAGUGUUGCAGAUCCUAGCUCCGACUUCAAUCUCUCCCAGGUUAUGCCUCUUGAUCUUCUUGCCCCCUCGAUUCAUGCUUCAACUGUAUCAUCUCCUGUGUCAGAAGCACAUAUGAGUUUUCCUUCUACAGAUCUUUCUCAUGCUAAUCUUUCAAAUCAUGAUUCUUCUUUACCUAUGCGUCCGAGAUCUCAAGCUCGCGAUAAGCACCGUGCUUUCCCAUAUUACAGCAAACGACAUGCUGCUACAACUCCGUCAUCACCGUUCCAUACAAAUGCCACUACUUCCCCGCAGUUGUCUCCAGUUGAUUUUUCUUCGCAUACAAUUAGUCGGCCUCAAUCUCCCUCCGCUUUUCCUUCCUUUGGUGAAGUAACUUUACCGCCCAUUUCUAGAGCCGACACCACAACUGACAUAACACCUCCUCAGUCAGCCUCUAGUUCAUCGGCUUCCGAGAAAUCACAUGCUCUUGGUUUCCCUCCGUUACCUGGGCAGAAAAUUGAGUUUCAACGAUCUUCAAAAGCUAAUAAGUAAAGGGGGAUGAAUUAAUGUCAGGCUUAUUAAGCUAAUAUUUUGUUUAAUUCUGUGUAUAAAAUUACGGUGAUUCGGGAUAUAUGGAAGCUGCCAUACCGAUCUUUUAUCCGUGUAACAAAAGUUGCAUAAAAAACGGUUUGAUUUUGAAAUUUAGAUGUGAAAUUAAGCAAACGAGUUUAUUAGAUAAAGAGAAAAGUCGGGGUUUUUUUUUUUUUUACUAUCUGUUUAAACAUUCUGAUGCUUUCUUUGCUGGUUGGGAGAGUUAAAAGAUUCUACUUAGCUGAAUUUAAGGAAGAAUCAAGACUCUGCUAUUGCUUUGCAUUUCUUUUUAGUCAUUGCCAAUUUUGGUUGUUUAUGUACGUUUUCUUGUUAUAAUGUUUUUUUUUGGGGUUUUUGUCGGAAAGCAAACAAAUUGAACUUGACUACUUACUUACAUGUGAUGUUUUGUUACAAAAUAUAAAGCUGUUGAAUAUCGUUCCGUCUCUUGAUUCAUUGUUCGUUUAUGGUACUGCUCGUCGGUUUUUGUCUUUUUUACUGUUUUGUGAAGGAUUUCAUUUUAACUAUUUGCAAAUUGAAUUCUCUUCUCGCCAUUGUUACUUUAAGUGUAAUGUUUUAGUUUGAUUUAUUAGGGGUUUAUAUAUUACAUAUGAAGUCUUCCAUUUUUGUUAAUACUUCGUUGGUGUAAUAAGCUGAUGGUAAAUGCUUUUACAGUGGAAGACCUAAUAAUAAUAUAAUCAUUGGUGUUAUUCUGCUUCUUUAGUUUUGAUUGCUGUAAAUAUUCAAAUUGGAU